AUGGAAAACAACAUCUAUCGAAACGAAAAUGGUCAGUGGGUGGCACCAUUGCCAUUCCGUGAAUCCAGACCCAUACUUGGGGACAACAGACAUAUGGCAGGCAGAAGAGCCAAUCUGUUAGAUCUAAACUUGAAGAAAAAUCCGAAGAAAUGUGAGCAUGCAGUUGCCUUUAUGAAACGCAUCUUUGAUGCUGGACAUGCAGAAUUAGCACCACCAUUGAAGUACAAGGAAGAGUUCUGGUACUUGCCAAUAUUCAGUGUAUACCAUUCAAAGAAGCCAGAUCAGAUAAGAAUGGUGUUUGAUUCUUCUGCUCAGUAUGAUGGAUUAUCCUUGAACAACGUCCUUCUUACUGGACCUGAUCUGACAAACAGUUUGCUUGGUGUUUUGUUGCGUUUCAGACUUGAGAAAAUUGGCAUUAUGGCGGACAUACAACAAAUGUUUCAUUGUUUCCAAGUGCGUGAAGACCAUCGGAAUUACCUACGUUUCCUCUGGUAUGCAGACAAUGGUCCUAAAGAGCAGUUGGUGGAAUACAGAAUGCGUGUUCAUAUUUUUGGCAAUAUCCCUUCUCCGGCAGUGGCUAUUUAUGGACUAAGAAGGACAGCAAAUAACGCAGAACAAGAAUUUGGAUCUGAUGUCAAGAAAUUUGUUGAACGCAACUUCUAUGUUGAUGACGGACUUAUUUCAUUACCUUCGGCUGACGAAGUUGUGAGUCUGAUGAAGCGAACCCAACAAGCCCUUCUACAAGAAGGCGGCCUCAGACUUCAUAAAAUUGUAUCUAACAGCAAUGAAGUCAUGAAAUGUUUUCCUACUGAAGACCUAGCGAAAAACUUGAUGUCUCUGGAUCUUUCUAAAGACUGUCUUCCUUCACAGCGGACUUUAGGGAUCAGUUGGGAUCUACCAUCUGACUCAUUUACCUUCAACCUGUCCUCAGAUGAGAAACCCUAUACCCGUCGUGGAGUCCUGUCUUACGGAUACCAGGAAGAAUGGGAACUGUGGAGACAGCAACUACAUCAUCUGAAAGACCUGAAAAUUCCUCGAUGUUACUUUGAUGUAUCUACCAAAGAUCUGACUGAGAAAACUGUUCAUGUAUUCACAGAUGCUUCAAAACAAGUAAUUGCAGCAGUUGCUUUCCUUAGAGCCAAAGAUAAAAAUGCUAAUUAUCAUCAUGGAUUUAUACUUGGCAAGGGAAAAGUAGCUCCAAAGAGUGCAGUAACUAUCCCUCGUUUGGAACUAUGCGCCUCAGUCCUUGGUGUGGAGAUUUCUAGAAUCAUCAGAGAACAGUUAGACAUUGCACCAAAGGAUUUUCAGUUUCAUACAGACAGUAAGGUCGUUCUCGGGUAUAUUUACAACAAGACAAGACGAUUCUAUACUUACGUCAGUAAUAGGGUAGAACAAAUUCACAGAUUUUCUGCAGCAAAUCAAUGGAGUUAUGUCCCAUCGCAACACAACCCCGCUGACCAAGGAACAAAACCUAUAUUACCAGAAGCAAUGACGAAAAGUCUUUGGCUUCAUGGACCAACUUUCUGGACAUUUGAUACUCUUAGUGAGAAAAACCAUGAAUCAGAAGCAAACUUACCUGAAUAUCAACUCAUCGACUCUGACAAAGAUAACGAGAUAAGGCCACUCAUUACAGUGAAGAAUACCAAUGUUGAGCAAUCUUUAAUUGGAACUAAUAGGUUCGCCAAGUAUUCUAAAUGGAACAGUUUAGUGGCAGGAGUUGCACGUUUGAAACACAUUGCUAGACACUGGAGCAAAGGGAACUCUUCUUGCAGAGGUUGGCAUUACUGUGAUCAGGCUAAAGAUGUAGAACUUUAUCGCGAAACGGAAAAAGUGAUCAUACAAAAUGUUCAACAAGAGACAUUCCAAGAAGAAAUCAGGUCUAUCCAGGAAAAUCGAGCUAUCGACAAAAAAGUUCCCUCAGUAAACUAA